UCUCUUCUCUUCUCUUCUUCUUCCUCCCUAAAAAUAUCCAUCCAAUUAUAUAUUAAAAGCACGUAUGCUCUCCUAGCUCCUCCAUUCCAUCUACAAAAGCUCAAAGCCAUCUCUCUUCCUUCCGUAAUUAAUCGUCCUAAUUUGUGACGCCAUUGAUUGAUCGAAGGAUGAGGGAGAUACUGCACGUGCAGGCAGGGCAGUGCGGGAACCAGAUCGGGGGCAAGUUCUGGGAGGUGGUGUCGGACGAGCACGGCAUCGAUCCCAAGGGCAACUACGUGGGGCAGUCUCGCCUGCAGCUGGAGCGGGUGAACGUCUACUACAACGAGGCGAGCGGGGGGCGGUACGUCCCCCGCGCGGUGCUCAUGGACCUGGAGCCCGGCACCAUGGACGCCCUCCGCACCGGCCCCUACGGCCAGCUCUUCCGCCCCGACAACUUCGUCUUCGGACAGAACGGCGCCGGCAACAACUGGGCCAAGGGGCACUACACCGAGGGCGCCGAGCUCAUCGACGCCGUGCUCGACGUCGUCCGCAAGGAAGCAGAGAAUUGCGACUGCCUCCAAGGGUUUCAGAUCUGCCACUCGCUGGGGGGAGGCACGGGGUCGGGGAUGGGCACGUUGCUGAUCUCCAAGGUAAGGGAGGAGUACCCCGACCGGAUGAUGCUGACCUUCUCCGUGUUCCCGUCGCCGAAGGUCUCCGACACGGUCGUCGAGCCGUACAAUGCGACGCUGUCGGUGCACCAGCUGGUGGAGAACGCCGACGAGUGCAUGGUGCUCGACAACGAGGCCCUCUACGACAUCUGCUUCCGCACCCUCAAGCUCACCAAUCCCAGCUUUGGUGAUUUGAACCAUCUGAUAUCGACGACGAUGAGCGGGGUGACGUGCUGCCUGCGCUUCCCGGGGCAGCUGAACUCCGACCUGCGGAAGCUGGCGGUGAACUUGAUUCCCUUCCCGCGGCUACACUUCUUCAUGGUGGGGUUCACCCCGCUGACGUCGCGCGGGUCGCAGCAGUACCGCGCGCUGACCAUUCCGGAGCUGACGCAGCAGAUGUGGGACUCCAAGAACAUGAUGUGCGCCGCCGACCCGCGGCACGGCCGCUACCUGACGGCGUCCGCCAUGUUCCGCGGGAGGAUGAGCACCAAGGAGGUGGACGAGCAGAUGAUCGCGGUGCAGAACAAGAAUUCGUCCUACUUCGUCGAGUGGAUCCCCAACAACGUGAAGUCGAGCGUGUGCGACAUCCCGCCCACCGGACUCUCCAUGUCCGCCACCUUCAUGGGCAACUCCACCUCCAUCCAGGAGAUGUUCAGGCGCGUGUCGGAGCAGUUCACCGUCAUGUUCCGACGCAAGGCUUUCCUCCACUGGUACACCGGCGAGGGCAUGGACGAGAUGGAGUUCACCGAGGCCGAGAGCAACAUGAACGACCUCGUCUCCGAGUACCAACAGUACCAGGACGCCGUCGCCGACGCCGGCGACGAAGAGGACGCUGCCUACGCCGAAGAAGACAAUUAAUUAAUUACUCAAGCGACGACAAAUCCAAAUACAAGUAUAUAGACAUAUUUUCUUUCCGCGAUCGAUCGAUCGAUCGAUCGAGUGUGAUCGUAUAUGCCCUAUGAGUGCUGUCGUUGGUAAUAUUUGUUCUAUAAUUCUGUUGUCGAUUUCUACACGUACGUUCAAUAAUUCACCGGUCUGUCUAUGCAGUGUGAUUGGAUGGUUCAUGUAGAUUAAGAUGGAGAACUUUGCUUAUUGGAAGAACUAUAUAUAUAUAUAUAUUACCCCAAUUUUUUUUUGACA